AUGGCGGGCGCCACGUUCACCUACGUGCGGAUCCCGGCGAGCGACGACGAUCCCCUGGAGGAGCUCUUGGCGACGGCCGACAUUUGCGGGGACACGCUGAAGGAUCUCUUGAGGAAGGCGUUUGCUGGCGGCGAGCUUACGAACUUCGGCGAGCUCGAGGCGCAGUACGGCGCCCUCGCCUCGCAGCACAGGUUGGGCUUCGAGAGGGCGGCGCGGACGGGCAGCGUGGAGGUCUUGCCCAUUCUGAGGCAGAGCCCCACCACGACGCCACCCAACACCGCCACGUUCCUGUACUACGACGAGAUGGGUGCCCUGAAGGAGCGGCCGGACAACAGGAGGGCCCGAGAGUUGGCACUCCAGUGCGGGCUGGCUCUGGAGCACCCACUGCCCGGCGACGUCUACGUGGGGCGAGUCUGUUGCGACCCCGGGCCAGUGUCGGUCAGCAUCUGCAAGGGUGACUGGGCCUGGACGCCCCCUGGCUCAGGCAGGCCGCGGCCGAGAACAAGAAGUGGGAGGGAGCCCUGUCGGAGUUCCACGGCGCCGCGAAGGCGAAGGCCUUCGGCGCGAAGACCGAGGACCGGGGGCAAAAAGGCGCGGCGCGGGUGGCGCUGGGCGCAGACCGGCGAGGAGGUCGAGGUGACGGUCGGCGUGCCGGAGGGCACCGCCAAAGGGGACGUCCGCGUGGACAUCGGGAGCGCGUCGCUGCGCGUGGCGCUGCGGGGCGAGCCCGCGGCCGCCCUCGCGGACCUUCGCCUCUACGCGGGCGUGCUCCCAGAGGAGAGCACGUGGACACUCCUCUCGGACCAGCGGGGUCGGCACGUCCAGGCGACGGUGGCCGAGAAGCAGGAGCGUGUGCACGAGGAGGGCCACCGGCGGCGCGCCGAGGGGGGGAGCGGGGCGAGGCAGGCCGUCCCAGAGAGGCUCGGAGUGCUCGUCGGAGCGCCGGAGGCCUUCUGA